GGGUGUGAGGUGGGUGUGUGCCUGUGCAGGAGAGCAUGCGGAGGGCAGGGCACUGGUGUGCAGCGCACUUCCGCAUGUGUUCUCCUCUGCUUUCACAGUAACCUUUUAAAGUGCACUGGACAGAAACCACUUUCUGUGCAACCCUAGUACAUACCAGACCCUCAUGGAGCCUAGUCUCUUACUGAAAUUGUGUUUAAAGGAGUAUACUCCAGGCUCCACUUAAAAAAUAUAUUAUUUCAAAGACUAUUUCAUGGGAUCUAAUUCAAGCUGCAUGACCACAUUUUCAAAAUCACCCUUCUUCCCUGUAGCUCUGCUCUGAACUUUCUUCCUCUCCAACUUCCUAAACUCUCUUCUACCCUUGCACACAGAGCUUUAUUGUCUCUUCCUUCUCUGUUCCCCACUCAGUCUUUGGUGAGUGUGAAAGUGAAAGUCACUCAGUCGUAUCUUACUCUUUGCAACCCCAUGGACUAUACAGCCCAUGGAAUUCUCUAGCCCAGAAUACUGGCUUUCCCUUCUCCAGGGGAUCUUCCCAACCCAGGGAUCAAACCCAGGUCUCCCGCAUUGCAGGCGGAUUCUUUACCAACUGAGCAGUCUUUGGUAGUUUAUUAUUAAUAUUAUGUAAGCAAACUUAGUCUCUCAUACUUCUCUUUAGUCUAUUUUUAUUUUUCCCAUUAUUCAGGUUCUUCCCCAAAAAGGGAGGCCAGUAAGCGUGAAUUCUCCUUCCUUCUUUGACGUCUCCUCUCCAGGCCUACACUUUUUAACCAGACCUGGCAAGAGAAAGGAAAAGAUACAGUUCUGUCUACACACAUUGGGGGGGUGCUGGGGAUGUCACACAUUAUUGCAUUUUAUCCCUGAUAUAAAUAAGUGAGAAAACCAGGGCCAGAGAUAGAAAACUGACUGUAAGUGUGCUUAGCAUUGGGGGUAAGCUGUACAAUAAAUAUUUAUAUAUAACUAUAGAUGUUGAAGGGCGAGCUAGUAACACAUUAAACUGUUAUUCACUCCAUUUGUUAACUCAUAAAUUUUUCCUUCCCUUCUUCUUUCCUUCCUUUUUUCCAUCUAACAUUACUAAGUACUGAGAAGAUAAAAAUGUGAAUUAGAAAUACCCAUUGUCCUCAAGAAUUUAUGAUAAAUAUACCAAUUUCUACAAUGGGAUAAUAACAUAAUAUAGUAGAAGGACUUGGAAAUGAAAGAAAGUCAAGCCUUAAAAAAAGAAAAGAAAAAAAAAUUCAACCCCAGGCCUCUUCAUUUUCUAGCUGGGUCUCUGUUUUACAGAGAAGAAAAGAAGCUCAGACAGAUUACGUCUUUCAUCCCUCUGAGCUUCCAUUUCCUUUCCCUCUCUAGGAAUAAUAGUAUCCUUCCUGCCUCACUCUCAAACUUAUUAUGAAGAUUCCAUGAGACUGUAUUUGGGAACGCCCUCAGCAAAUCAGAGUUCUAUGCAAGUGAGGGAUCAUGAGUAUUAUCAUGCACAAUGGAAUGUGAAAAAUGCUGAAAGAGAAAAGACAAAGAAAUGAAUAUUUAUUGCAUUACCGCUGUGCUUCAGACACUAAGUUAGGGUCUGACACAUACCGUGAUCGUCUUAAUUCCCUUACAAGAUGGGCAGCAUGAUCACUGGGUUUACUGUCAAGGAUUAGAGAUAGGAAGUGACUGGCCAAGCACACACGGCUCCAAAGCGACAGAGCGAAAAUGGAAGUCCAGAUCUGCCUGGUUUCAAGCCCACAUCUGUGCUGCUCUGUCAUCUACUGGCACUCAGGCCUGUUAGUAAGAGCUUGGCUCCUGGAGGAAGGCAGCUGGACAGAGUGCAAACAGGGAAGGGCGGUCACAGGCCUGACACGCGAUGUUAAGGUGCUGGGGUAGCCUGGCCAGGUGGGAUGUGUUUCCUCCAUCACUGUUUGCCCGACUCUGUCCUUCAAGGCUCUCUUAACCUUGGAGCCUGUCUGGCUGCUUGGAGUGCUUGCUUGCUGCCUUGAUGAGUAUGUGGAAGCUGGUCUUAUCCAUGCUACACUUCUGCCAGCCCAGCCCUGUUACACCUUUCCAUUUCCACCUCGCUUUCUCUGUCCAGAUGGGCUAAUCUGUUAAGGAGGAGGCGAAAGUUUUAGCUCAAAGCCAGAGACUUGCCCAGUUUAGUAUGACCUACUCUCACCCAGUAGAGACAGAAUAGCUUAGUUGGAAGACUUGUGGGUCUAGGAAUGAUACUUUAAUUCACAGUGGUCAUUGUACACAGACCGUGCCCAGUUAGUAAAUGAAUGAAUGACUGACUCUGCUGAAGUUACUUAAUUUCCUCACCUGUGAAAAUGGAACUACUAUUAAUACUCAUAAUACAAAUAUACCCGGGUAACUGGAAACGCAAGAUGGCGGAGCUGGGUGAGGUGGGUGAAGCCGAGUUGCAACGCCUGGUGGCGGCCGAACAGCAGAAAGCGCAGUUCACUGCACAGGUGCAUCACUUCAUGGAGCUAUGUUGGGAUAAAUGUGUGGAGAAGCCAGGGAAUCGCUUAGACUCGCGCACUGAAAAUUGUCUCUCUAGCUGUGUGGACCGCUUCAUCGACACUACUCUUGCUAUCACCAGUUGGUUUGCCCAGAUUGUACAGAGAGGAGGGCAGUAAGCCACCCCUGGAAGAAUGACAGCAGCAGCCAAGGACUGAUUAAGUAGCCUGAAGGGCCAGCGGGGGAAGGCAGCCAGUCCUCUGUCGGGUUGGCUUCAGGCAGCUACCAAGCCUGUUGGUGCUAAAAAGGAACAGAUCAGAUGUUCAAAAAGUGAAAUUUAUUUAUUGGGAAUUAAGAAAUUCCAUCUUGUAUCACAACAGUUUAUUCAAUAAAUGUGAAUUCUCAAAAAAAAAAAAAAAAAACAAAACAAAAAAAAACAAAUAUACCCACACUGCCCCUGAGACAGGCCAGGUGAUGCCCAGUGAGAGGGAACCUGAAGAUGUGCCUAGAGCUUGGCUUGUUCCCAUCUAAAAUGAUACACAUCUUGGAGACCUGGGGGCCCUAGAACUGCCCCAGGCUACCACCAAUUCCCAAUACUCUCUGUCUUUCUCU